AUGUCUACCCAGCAAUUACGCAUUCCAGGGCAGGCCGUUGCGCCCUAUUCCCCCAGCGACAAGAUCAUGAUUACCGGCAAUUUCGACAACUGGGAACACAGGAGAUUUGUUUUGACUUACGACGACGAAGACGACAGUUUCAGCGUAACCCUCCCGCUCGGCAAAGAGACAAUAAUUUUUAAGUUUGUCAUCAAUGAUACAGAAUGGAUCACGCUUCCAUACUUCGAAACGAAAACAGAUGACCAUGGGUUUCUGAACAACGUUUGGAACCCGGAAUUAGAUGCGAUAGACGUGAUUUCGCCCGGCGACAACGAAAACCUUGACGAAAUCACCAUUGGUAGCAGGGGCGGCAACCCAGGUGCUACAGAGGCGAAAGCGAGCGCAGGGCUUGCUAUUUGCGAACGUGUUGACUCACAGCAUGCGGAGCACGACUAUAUCCAAGUCUCGUCCCAGGACGAGUUAAGCAGUACGGAGGAUGUGGGGCUUGAUCACGCGACUUCGCCCUACGAUUUGUCCUCACGGGAAGGAGGAAACGAAAUCUUUGACUCACGCGACGGUAUGAGUCCAAGGCUUGCAGUUCGACCCAGCAUGUUACCGUCGCGAUCAUCGUCGUCGCUACGCCUGCAAUCACUAGUUUCGGUCGUCAAGAAGGUCAAGACCUAUUGGAGUGGAUGA